AUGUCUGUCGCCCAGUACGAGGACGCCUUCAGUCGAUUGAUCCGAUACAUGCCGAUUUACGAAGGAGACGAAAGGAUCAAGACCCAGAAAUUUUUGGGAGGACUAAACCUAAAACUUCAGAGGGCAUUGAGUAGUGCAAGUACCCAAACCUAUUCAGAAGCGGGGAGCAGUCAUAGAGCUGGCAAGAAGCUAGAGCCCCAGAAGCGGAAAUUCAAGCCUGGUACCCCAUGCGCAAAAUGCCAGAAGCAGCACCCAGGAAGGCCGUGCCGGCUAGGGACUAAGGGUUGUUACAAUUGUGGGGAAAUAGGGCAUCUCAACCAGAACUGCCCAAAGAAAGGAAUUACUUGUUUCAACUGCCAACAGACGGGCCAUUUCGCAAAGGACUGUCCCAAGCCGCGACUGAUAAGUCAACCCCAGGGGACGUCCGGGAAUGCUAGAGCACAUCAAGGAAGAGUGUUUCAUCUAACAUGGCAGGAUGCGGCAGAGGAUCCAACAGUAAUUGAAGGUACUAUGUUUCUAUCUGGUAUCCCCAUGCAUGCAUUAAUAGAUUCAGGUGCAAGUCACUCAUUCAUUUCGCAUGCAUUUGCUAAAAUAGUAGGGGAUAAACCAGAAAAUUUGAAUUGUCGAAUGAUUGUCUCAACCCCAAUGGGGAAGUCUCUAGAAACUUCAUCAGGGUACAAAGAUAGAAAGAUUCAAAUAGGAGAAGUUGAGUUCCCAGUGAAUCUGAUUCUUCUGGAAUUUCGAGAUUUUGAUGUGAUUCUAGGAAUGCACUUCCUAACUAAGUAUAACGCCACGGUGGACUGUAAAGCUAAGACGGUCUGCCUUAAGAGCGGCGACUUGAACGUCAAGUUUCGAGGGCAUAGGAGGGUAAGUGAACAGAAGUGGAUCUCAACUUUGAAGGCUGAAAGACUGUUGCGUCAAGGGGCACAGGGAUACUUGGCUUGUGUUCAAGAGGAAAGCAAUGAGCCCUUAAAGAUCGAAGAAGUUCGACUCGUUAAAGAAUUCGGGGAUGUGUUUCCCGAAGAAUUACCUGGACUGCCACCCCAGCGAGAGAUCGAGUUCUCGAUAGAGAUCAUACCAGGAAAUUGA